AUGUAUGAAACUAUUGCAAGAUGUCUAGGGUCUCAACUUGAUGAUGAUGACCAUAACAGAACUCAAGCUAUUGAAUCUGAAGUUUUAGAUGGAUUUGCUCACUGUCAAUCCAUUACCAGCAAAGUGCCAUCUCUCCUGAGUAAGGGUUUUAGCAGUUCUCUGGAGAUUAAUUGUCAAGCAAUAUUCACUGUUUUUGGCAAGUUUCACAGUGUUAUUCCGAUCGGGGGUGUUUACGUGGACGCCAAUGGAGUCUUCGAUGAUAUGAAUUUCAAGUUGUCAGACGAAAUUGACGGAACUCUCCAAACAAGUUCUCAUUACAUUAAUGAUGCCGUGCUUUCUAUUAUUAUAAUUUUGAAAGAAGUUCAGUUGCAAGUGCUUGAUUAUAUGAAGAUGGAUUGUCAAUUAUUUGGGGUAAUGAGUAUUCAUAGUGAUAUUAAUAUAGAUGGUCCUCGCUGGCUAGUAAUUCUUCUGAGUGUUGGCCUUUGCCUGCAUUCUUGUGGGGUUGAUAAGAUAGAGGAGCUCUUAAUAGCUUCUGGAGCAAGUGGUGAAACGUUAGAACAUAUAUUAGGCUUCCUCAACACUGAAAACCUCGACCAUCUGAAUUCUAUUAACUCUAAACUCAUUGAAUCGUUAUGCGAAUCACGAACUGAACCCAAACUCUCUUUUGUUGGCGGCGUUUGGAUUGAAAAAUCUUUUCCUAUCAAACCUUCAUUCGAAGAUGUUGCCACCUCAGUAUAUAAAGCAGAAGCCAAAACUGUGGAUUUCAAAUACAAGAGCAAAAAGGUGCAUAAGAAGUUGAAUAAGUGGGUUGAAAAGAAAACAAAUGGAUUAAUUAAAAAUCUUCUUCCUGAUGGAGUAGUCGAUGAACAUACAAAAUUUAUAUUGGCGAAUGCACUCUAUUUCAAAGGAUGUUGGAGUCGAAAUCCGUUUGAUCAAAAUCUAACAAAGGAAUCCGAGUUCUAUCUCCUGGAAGGGGAUAAAACACUACAAGUUCCUUUCAUGUCGUCCAAUGCAAGACAAUAUAUUACUUGUUAUGACAGCUUCAAAAUCCUUAAACUCCCGUGCGAAUGUUCAGGAACACACAUAAAUGCUCGUGGUCCAAGUUUUUCCAUGUAUAUAAUUUUACCUGAACAACGAGAUGGGCCUUGUGAACUUAUAGAAGAGGCGAAUUUUAAUCCCUCUGGUUUUCUGCAUACAUAUGUCCCAGUCAGCCAAAGUUUGGUGCCACCGAGAGAAUUUAAGGUUCCGAAAUUCAAGAUCCUUUUUGAUUUUGAAGCAUCAAGAGUACUCAUGGAGAUGGGUAUGGUUUUGCCUUUUGAUUUAUUCCAAGCUGAGCUAACAGAGAUGUCUACUACUAGGAACUCUAAUAAGAUUCAUGUCGACAAAGUUUUUCACAAGUGUUUCGUUGAAGUUGAUGAAAAAGGAACUGAAGAUGUUGCUUCUACUGCUGUUAAGGUGCAGAGAUUGCGUUACGCGAAGAUGCCUUGUAAACCUCCUCGUCUUGUUGAUUUUGUGGAAGAUCAUCCAUUCAUGUUCAUUAUUAGAGACGAGCAAAGUGGUGUAGUGUUUUUCAUGGAGCAUGUCCUUAAUCCUUUGUUAAUUUCGCGAUGA